CCUUUUGUCCAUCGAUGUAAUGUAUUCAGUUUUAAAUUGUGAUUAAUAUGCGAAACUUAAUAUUGUGUACCAGUGAGACCGCCCACUAGCACACUCGAUAUACCAAACAGGCGCUCAACGCUCAGCGUUCAACGCCUACGCGUCGCACCGAACAAAUAUCAGCCAAUUAAUCUUCAUAAGGCGAGUGAAAUCAAAGAACUGAAUGCGAUGUGAUUUCGAUGGGGCCGGCCGUUGAGUCCGGCAUAGAUGCCAAUUGGUGCUCCGAACAACAUGUUGCUGUUCGCUAAUAUUUGUUUGAAAAUCGCAACACUUGCCACAAUUUGUGGCAUCCUCAGCCAGCUGCAAGUGGCUGGUGCCGUAACAGCAGCCGGAUCUGUGCAACAAUUGCCGCAACGCAUCCACAAUUUACUCCAUCAAUUAUCCUGUGGCAGGAAGCUCAAUGCAAGCGCCAAGUUCGCUUUGUUGUUGGCCGAAUUUCUUAUAAAGCAGAAAAUGAGAUACAUAACGCCCACACGAUACGAUAGACAAUUAUAUUAUCAACUGCUGCAUAAAAUGAAUCAGCUGGCAAGCUGUGAAAAUCCAGGCGAAUUUAAUCCAGUGCAGGAGCUAAGUAAAUUUUUUACUAAAUUAAUUAGAUAUUUUCUCUCACAGUUUCCCCGCUUAUUCCACUUAGUUUUGCGAAAUGCCUUUCAGCGCAAUGUUUUGCUGUUGCCACCCAGCUUGAAAUAUGGCGCACUGAAUGCGAAUGCUGAAUAUGAGCAGCUGGCCUUGAGUUAUGACAGCCUCGUCAGCCAGGGCUCGCCGAACAGAACGGAAUCGGAUCUCUGCAUGCGUGAUAUAGUCACUCUGGAUACGAGCCGGUGUAAGCUCAGUCUGAACUGCUUGGACCUGUUGACCAGCGAGUCGCCCUCCUAUGGCUAUCAGCGCACUCAUCAGGUGCUUCUGCUCUACAUUCUGCAGCAUCACAAAUGCGCCCCCCGCUUGAGUCCGCCCCAGCUGUACGAGGAGCUGGCGAAGGGACACUGCAAUGAGAUCUUAAGCGAACAGAAUGCGAUACGCAGCCUGGCGCUGGGCAUGGGCAAGUACAAGGAUCUGUAUCUGGAGCAAGCAACUAUUUGUGGUCUCUGGGGCUACAAUGAGUUCCUCAACUGGCGCAAUGUGAUGGAAAUUGACAGCUGGCAGAAGGAGGCGAACCAGCAGCAGCAGCAGGAGCAACAGGAGCAGGAGCUGCAGGAGGAGGAGAAGGAGCAUAUUAAGGACUUGUCGCUUGUGUUCUACAUAAAUGCGUUGCUGCUGCUGCAUUAAUGCUGAUGUAAUUUACUGCUGCUGCUGCUGCUGCUGCUGCUGCCUCUGCUGCUGGCGUUGCUUUUGCUGCUUUUAUAAUAACUGCUUGAUAACUGAAUAAAAUGCAGCUUUAUUGCUUUGACGAUGUGUUGACAGGA